AUGCCCGAGUCCCAUCGCCUCCCUCCCAUUCCCUCCGAUUUCCCUGACAUCACCACUCGGCAAAUGCUGGCCAGCUUCGUCCCUGUGGAUAUGGACUACGGUUCCAUUGCGACGGCUGCAACCCGCGCCCCUACCGAUCACACAAAGGAUAUCUUUAAGAGGACGGUGGGAAAUGGUGUGCGGUUUGUUUUGGACCCGAGUCUGAACAGUCGGCUAGAGGAGGCCCUUGACGAUGCUGUGCCUCUUCACAAUAUCGCUCCAAGGAGUCUCGCAUACAAGUUUCCUCUGAAACAGACCUUCCUGGCCGAUGAGGGAAACGAAGAGGAUGAAGAGGAUGAAGAGGAUGAAGAGGAUGAAGAGGAUGAAGAGGAUGAAGAGGAUGAAGAGGAUGAAGAGGAUGAAGAGGAUGAAGAGGAUGAAGAGGAUGAGGAAACGGGUGACGAUUAUGAAGGGUGUGAGGAAGGGGACCACGAAGAGGGGGGUGAAUACACCAUCUUCAAUGAGCCUCAGCUCUCAUCCAGGAUGGGAUUCGUCUUUUGGAGAUUUAUCAACAUGGUCACCAAAAGCCAUGUCUUAUCCAAGAGAUUCCGUGGCUUUUGGCGGGCUUCCAGAGUGCCGAAGAGCGGGAAUCCCGAUUGGGUGUAUGUGAGGAAAAGAGAUAAGAUAGUCGCCGCUUUCGCAGAAUUGAAGUUGCGAACCGUCCUCACGGACAGCCCACAGCCCGCCGCAAAAGUACAGCAACUCAUGACGGAGGCGGCGAAGCCGGGCGGGAUGCGAGUGGUCCUGUCGGACGAAGAUGUUAUCAAAGUGGUUGAGGAAGAUGGCACAGUAAUAAAAGGACUACAGCAUUGGGCGAACGCCGGCUCCCAGUUGUGGGAAGAGAUGCAUCUGCACAAAAAAGCAACUGUUGUCAUCUUGAGCUCCUACGAGCUCUUCAUUCCAUUACAACAGGACCCAUUCACCCCGAACGUGGUUCGCAAAGGCCUUCCCAUCGGCAGGAAUGGCCCGGUGACCAGGUACGGCCAUGGCAGAUUGACGUGUGCGGAAUUCGCGGUCGCCUGUGCCCUUCCCUGCCCCGACCCUACGCCCUCGUCUCCAUUCCUACCGCUCCCCAAGGUGAAAGUCGAAACAGGCAACACCGGCGCAUCUGUUGCUCGUGCCUCCGGCAAGAAGUCUUUGGCUAGCAAUAGCAAGAAGACGGCCAAGCCGGAUACUGGCACCAAAAAGGCUUCCGCGCAGGAUAAGCAGGGGAAAAGUCCCUGGAAGGGUAUUGUGGACGGGUUGCGAGACUCUUCCAGUUCUAUGAAAGAGGCGGUGGGGGGCUGGCGGAAGAAAAAGGGACAGUAGAGCCCGGUGUAUACAUAUCAAUCAGAGGGGUACAGUGUUAGGAAGUGACAUGCGAUUUAGCAUCAUAAUGACAUGUACAUCCAGAGACUUGUAAGGUGCUUUUAGCCUUGAAAUGGAGUGGCCGAGCGAAACAAAGCUUGACAUCCCUGAUUGACAUCUAUAGGAGUAGAAGUAUAGAAGUACGAGUAGAAGUGGAUGGCGUUGGGAUGGCGGAACCAAACUUCACUGUGUUGUCAUGCCUCUACGUAGCAACUCGCUCGAUUGCGUCGCACUGCUGUAGAAAGGUGAGUCAAAUAG